AUGUACCCGAAUCGGUGGAGCAGUUGUCCGAUGAUGUUUCUCAGAAGAGGUUCGAGCUUUGUGCUUCAUCCUGUCCGUCUCACAUGUGGUCAUGGGCCAAAAGCCAUCCCGGUUAUUCGGCUUCGCGCCGCUAGAGGACAUUAUCGGCUUGCUCCCGCUCUCGCCCUAGGGCAUGGCGUUCACUCCCAGAUGGAACCCGUACGGGACCAUAUUUGCCAGUUCGUUCUACCUGGGGGAAAGUAUCGACGGAUCGAUUGGUAUCGAAUAAUCCCUCUCUCGCACUCAUUGGCUACCUCUCCAACGCUAAAGAAAACAGAGGGAGAAAGAGGGGGAAAUGUACAUACACACUUGCUACACCCAACGGGAAGCCCCGCGCGCCAUGUCUCGUUUGGCCAUCUGCAGUCAAUCCCUAAAAACUACAGCGAUCCAAUGCCGGCCUAG